AAACACGGGACUUGUUCAGUUCAACAGAAACCAUGGCGGAGAACGGCAAAUCUACGGGCGGACCUGCGUCUUCCGCCGGAGAAAACUCCGCCUCGAGCGGCGUCAAUACCUUUGCAAACGACGGCAGCUUCUUAGCAAUGUUUCAGAAGAAGAUGGAAGAGCAGAAGAGGCAGAAGGAAGAAGCGGAGAGACGGCAAGACGCCGGGGAAGACGACACAAGCACUGCUGCUACAAACCCAACAUGCUCAGGAACAAGCUUGGCAAACCCACCUCCGGACAGCAAGCUGCCUGCUACCAAGAAAGGCUUCCUACUUCCAAUCAGAACCUCACACUCACAGACGUCUGGAGCGGUCAGCGCGGGCAAUCAUCGGCCGUGGUCGCAGGUGGGGAAACGGAAAGGACCCAUCCUCAAAACGGGCGUGGUCAAGAAGAAGAAGCCAUCAGGAGAGAAGGAUGACCCUAAAAAGAAGGACCCAUGGGAACAGUACAUGGCAGAAGUACAGAAGUACAAGGCCCAUCAGUGCUGCGACGAUGACAAAACACGACCGCUGGUCAAGUAGCAACAGACCUGUACACCUGCAGGGACUGCCUGUAGAUAGUAGGAGAGAGCCAAUGGGCAGGAAGAAAAACUCUGGAACCUUUUUCCCAGGACCACUUCCCUAGGAAUACUUCAGAGUGUUGAUGACACCUGAAAUAGAUGUUCUGUUAAACAUGUUGUCUGUGUGACAUCUAGAACAGUUGACGUGUUCCCCAAGAAGAACCAUCUUGAAACACAUGAUCAUUUUGUUGAUUUGUGGUGUCUCUAAGAUUUCAAAAUGUUGGGCGGUUCUGGUGAAGCCAUUAUUUUUACCAAAUGGAUGUUGGUUAUUGAACCAUAGAGUCAUUCAUACCUUUCAUUUAUAUUGUAGGCUUUUUCAUUUCAAAAGGGGGAGCAAAGGGGCUGCUUGAGGCCGUUUUAUUUGCUUAUUUCAUGUAUAUUUUCCACCAUGUGUACUCCACCCCUUUUCCUUUCAUGAAAAAGAAAAGGUACCUGUUUCCCCUCCUUUUUGAAUGGAAUGGCCAAUUGCUCUGUUAUCUGUAUAUAAAGUUUGUUGUGUUGUGUAAGUUAAUAUGUAAGAAUAUACCAAUGGCUUUUCCCCUGUCCUGUUAGCUCUGUGUACAUGUGUAUUACAGUCACCUUUAUGCUGUCAUUCCUGUAAUUUUGUAGCAGUGUUCUAGCCAGCCUGAAUUUUUUUCCCCUGGAUUUGGAAUGGAAAUUCUGUCAAGUUCGUAAUCCGAGGGGGCCCGAUCUUGGAAAAUUUUUGAAAUCUAGACCCUCUAAAACACUGUUUCCCGCAUUUUGAUGGGCAGAUUUUGCUGGUAGAGUAGACCCAGGGUGAUUCAAUGGUGUCUGUGCUAAAUUUCUGGAGAUCUUUUCAAAAUUUCAUUUUUUAGAUAUCAUUACAUGACGAUUUUAGUCCGUCAAAGAGGACGGAAUGGGCAAAAUUUUUGUCCGUCCCCAACUACAAAAUUCUGGCAAAGGACGGAAGGACGGGCGCUGGCUAGAACCAUGCUUUGUAGUGUUCUAGAAAAAGAAUGUUUUCAUUGUGAAGCAAUUGAAUAUAUAUAGGUCUUCAUUUGUACUUACAGCUGUACAUAGAAUUUUUCAUUGUACAUCAGACUUCCAUUGUGUUAUGUGACGUAUUAGAGGCAGAAACACAGCCAACAUGUCCUGUACAGAAGUGAUUUCAAACAUAGAAGAAUGUGCAAAAUGGAUGUAAAGGCUGUAGCAAUAUCAGAACUGUGGGCAUAAAACAUUAUAUGUAUUUCUACAUUAUAUUCAUAUUCCUAUGUAGAGCCUUUCUCGCAGCUGCUAAACUGGGCUGAGGUUUCCACUUCUCUGGGUGUGGCCUCUUACCAGCUCUCAGCCAAUCAGAUAGUUGCUUUUGAUGAGUAAAACUGAUUCUCUGAUUGGCUGACAGCUGGUUGGAGGUCAUGUCUACAAAAGUGUAAACCUCAGCCUGGUUUAGCUGGGCAUAUUACAUGCAUAUAGACUGUAUGGUGAGGCUCUGCAUUGGAACAUGGGGAUAUUAAGCCAACCAGUGAGACAACCAAGGAGAGAUUUGGAAUAGAUUGGUCCAUGAUUUUAAGAACUUGCAACAAUGGUGUUUCUGCUGCUACAAUUUUCCCUGUGAAAAAGCUGUGGGUACCACCUUUGUCCAAAAAUACUGCAUACCGGUGGUCACUCUCAUCUCAGAGAAGUUUGUAAAUACAGUUUCAUUGGUGCCAUUGUGACCGCAACUAUACAGCCAGGUCAGUUUGGUCUUAGUUUUCAGGGACUUUUAUUCUAGACUGUUGUUUGUUUGAAAGAAGGUUAAGACUGAAUCAGGAAGGUAAAAAUUACCUUCUGAAUAUUUCGGCAAUGUUUGUCUGUGCCAAAGAUGGAGAUUUGUUAUCAAAUUUGUGUACUUUGUACAUGUAUGUGUUGAUGUCAAAUUUCCAAUCAGACAAGGUAUGGAAAAGUCCAGGCAAACAAAUUGUUAUUCUUUCAAAGUAAAUCCAAAUGCCAAUCUAGGCAGAAAUAUUGUAAACUACACGCACUGGUCUAUGUAAGGCUGAUUUUGUUAGAUAAGUGAAUACUAAAUUGAAAAUGUUUUCUUGGUUUUAAGAAAACAUGGAAUGCAGGUCUUGUUUUGAUUCAACCAAUGUUAAAAUGUGUUCUCGUAAGCCACCCCGUCCCAGGAGUUCUGCUGUACAUAUACAUGUACUUCUAUGUUGUAUGGAUAUGAUAUGUUCAAAGUUGCUACAGCAUUAGUUUUGUUGAUGACUUACAUGAAAAUGUAUAAAGACCAUUGUACAGUCUGAUGCUCACAUGGUGCACUCUUCAACCUUUACAUGAAAUUACCGACAAACUGAUGGCAAUAAGUAGCGUUACCUGUGCACUAGUUGUAAUAGUUCUGUAUGUUUGAUGGAAGUAUUAGUUACACAUAGCACUGCUACAGGUAUUAAAUGAGAUGUACAACGUU